GUCUCGGAAUGGGAACUCGUGAUCCCAGACUUGAUCCCGUGGGAUGGUCCUUGGAGUUUAGUGAGGGGGAGACUUUCCCCAACUCUUCUGCUCACAAACAGGUCUGUGGGAGCUCAGACCUUGGCCAGACUUUCCUUGGGCCCUGGCUGGACCCAGCCUGCAGCUGCCCUCAGCCCACUGAGCUGGGUACUAUGUGCUGUGCCCGACCGGCUUCUAAAGGCUGUUGGGGAGAACGAGGGGUCCCCUUCCCAUAGCCACAAACGCAUUUCUCAAAAUGGAGCCUCCACUUGCCCCUCCUUCUCUCUCGGGCUCCAAGAGCGGGAGCCGGGCUGGCUGGGCCUGGCUUUCCAGACGCCUGGCGCUGGCUCCCUCGGUGUCUGGCUCUCAAGGCCCAGCUUGAUGUGUUUUCUGGGUUGAGGGGCCCCUGGUUCCAUGGAGUGCAGGGACCCGGGCUCACUGGGUCCCCUGACCCUGGGGCCUCUCCAAGUCUUUGUCUCUUGUCUUUUGGGGCCUCUGUCUCUCUGUCUCCUCCCCUCAGUGUCCACUUUCUCUGUGCUCCCUGAACUGGGGAAAUGCAGACAGAGAGAGAUGCCAGCCUCAGCGGCCCCCUAAGAAGCCCCUUCCCACUGUUUUCUCCAUGGCCUGGAGUGGUCUGGGAGAAGAUGGGGGUGUCCAUUUGCCUUGUUGAGGGGGACUCAGGCCCUGCCCUUGCUCGGUGGACACCAGUCACCCCCCAUCGCCAUCUCCCAGCUCCUCCUCCCUCAGUCUGGACACCUCCCUGGUUCUUCAGGUCUUUUGACUCGUGUAGUGAGGUGGGGGGUGGACUUAAGGGAACACAGGCAAGAAAGAGGGGGAGCAGAUCAAGCAAAGGAGUCAGAUAAUGUGUGUCUCUCCUCUCCCCACACUCCAGUGAGUGAUAGAAACCAGGCUCCCACUCACCUAGUUGGCCCUGCAUGCCGCCUAGUCUCUCACCCUCUCACACAUGCUCCUGUGUACAUACACUCCUCUGUACACACUUGUGCACACUCAUUUCCUGCUCACACACUUGUAUAAGAUACAUAAACUCAUGUGUCUAUGAGUGGACAUCUAUCCAAACAUUCUCUCAUAUAGUCACUCACACCACAAAUUCGUUUAUUUUGUAUGCAUUUGUAACUUCACAUACUAAAAGACACACCCUGUUUACACACACACUAUUGUAAGAUACGCGCAUAUGAGGUCACAUAUAUAUACAUGUGAAUAUGAAUAUACUCAUACAUCUGUCCAAACAUACACAGACACUCAUUCAUGAUGUUUUCACACACAUUUUCACAUACACAGUUCCUCUUCAUGCUCUUGUGCACACAGUCACACACACACAAAUAAGUACAUGCACACACUCCUACUCCUACGCAAUUCUCUGUCCACUUCUUGGCCCCCGCUCUGCAUGAUGACUUCAGCAGAUGCCUGAGCCCUGGUCUUCAGCCUCAGGACUAGGGAGGGAGUUCCGGGUGGAGACUUGCUGUCCUCUUCCAGGAAGGAGCAGGGCCUGGGGAGGUGGAGCCCUCCUCCCUGGGCUCCAGGGAAGUGAGGUCUUGGAGCAGCUGCCAGAGGUGAGCUGCCAGUAACCCCUUGGGGUUACUCUGGGGAAUGUCUAAAGCUGGAAGUUUUCCUAGAGGUUGGCAGGGCCUGCGCAGGCUUCUUUAGAUCUGAUUGAUUGGGUGUGGUGAGGCUAGGAGUUGUCAUGGAAACAAGCAUGAGCCUGCAUCCACCUCUGGGAGGCAGGAGACCCCAGAGGGCACCUGUGAGCUCCCUAAGAGCUCUGGGUUUCUUGUUUGGCCAGCUCCACCCUUGCCGCCUCUCUGUCUGGGAGAAACUGAGGCCUGGCUGGGGGAAACUGGGCACUACCCGGCCUUGGCUCUUUGUUCCCUAAUUACCAUCUGAGUUGCUGACUGCACCCCCAAGGUUGCCCAAACUGCCUCUAAUGAGGCCACCUGUCUCAGGGGACGAGGGAACCAUGCUGGGAGCUGGUAGAGAGGGCUCCCUUCUUAACUUGAGUCCCAGCCUCUGUGGGGGAUACAGGUUUGGACUGGGGCCUGGGCCCCUGCUGCCAAGGGCCCUGUGUAACCACUAGGCCUCCCAUCCCCUCGUAAUCCAUGCUCAGUCGACUCUGUCCUCAGUUCUGUUCAGACCAGACUUAGACAGCAGUCUGGGGCCCAGGGAGAAUUGAAGUUCUUGCCAGUGCUCGGAGGGAGAGCCUUGGGACGGUCCAGGGCAUGUAACUGAUGUCAGGGGGCUGUCUGACCAGGGACGAAGGGCCAGGAAAGGGACUCACGGCCUUAUUUAGGGAGGGAGGUCAAAGUGAAGAGACUCUGACACCACUGCCCUGCUCACAGGUUUCCCUGGAGGCCCUCGGCCAGGCCUGAGCCUCUGCUGCCAUGGCCAUUGUGCAGACACUGCCGGUGCCACUCGAGCCCGCUCCUGAGGCCGCCACUGCCCCACAAGCUCCAGUCAUGGGCAGCGUGAGCAGCCUCAUCUCGGGCCGGCCCUGCCCCGGGGGGCCGGCUCCUCCCCGCCACCACGGCCCCCCGGGGCCUACCUUCUUCCGCCAGCAGGAUGGGCUGCUGCGAAGUGGCUAUGAGGCACAGGAGCCGCUCUGCCCAGCUGUGCCUCCCAGGAAGGCUGUCCCUGGCACCAGCUUUACCUACGUCAACGAGGACUUCCGGACAGAGUCACCCCCCAGCCCAAGCAGUGACAUUGAAGAUGCCCGAGAGCAGCGGGCACGCAAUGCCCAUCUCCGAGGCCCCCCACCCAAGCUCAUCCCCGUCUCUGGAAAGCUGGAGAAGAACAUGGAGAAAAUCCUGAUCCGCCCAACAGCCUUCAAGCCAGUGCUGCCCAAACCUCGAGGGGCACCAUCCCUACCUAGCUUCCUGGGUCCUCGGGCUGCUGGACUGUCGGGGAGCCAAGGCAGCCUAACACAGCUGUUUGGGGGCCCUGCCUCCUCCUCCUCUUCCUCCUCCUCCUCGGCAGCCGACAAACCUCUGACGCUGAGUGGCUGGGCCAGCGGCUGCCCGUCGGGGACGCUAUCCGACUCCGGCCGAAACUCACUGUCCAGCUUGCCUACUUACAGCACCGGGGGUGCAGAGCCAGCCACUAGCUCCCCAGGCGGGCACCUGCCCUCCCACGGCCCUGGGAGGGGGGCACUGCCUGGGCCAGCCCGAGGGGCCCCUGCUGGGCCCUCCUACUCUGACAGCGGUCGAUCGUCCUCCAGCAAGAGCACAGGCUCCCUGGGGGGCCGCGUGGCUGGGGGGCUCUUGGGCAGCGGUCCCCGGGCCUCCCCUGACAGCAGUUCCUGUGGGGAACGCUCCCCACCCCCUCCCCCACCCCCUCCACCCCCUUCGGAUGAGGCCCUGCUGCACUGUGUCCUCGAAGGAAAGCUCCGAGACCGGGAGGCAGAGCUGCAGCAUCUGCGGGACGGUCUGGACGAGAAUGAGGCGUAUGAGGAACGGCAGCGGCACUGGCAGCGCGAGCGCGAGGCCCUGCGAGAGGACGGUGUGGCCCAGGCGCAGCGGGCACAGCGGGCCCAACAGCUGCUGCAGCUUCAGGUGUUCCAGCUUCAGCAGGAGAAGCGGCAGCUGCAGGACGACUUUGCGCAGCUGCUGCAGGAACGUGAGCAGCUGGAGCGGCGCUGCGCCACCUUUGAGCGGGAGCAGCGGGAGCUCGGGCCUCGACUCGAGGAGACCAAGUGGGAGGUGUGCCAGAAGUCAGGCGAGAUUUCUCUACUGAAGCAGCAACUGAAGGAGUCUCAAGCAGAGCUGGUGCAGAAGGGCAGUGAGCUGGUGGCGCUGCGAGUGGCACUUCGGGAGGCUCGGGCGGCGCUGCGAGUCAGUGAGGGCCGGGCACGGGGCCUCCAGGAGGCUGCCCGAACUCGGGAGCUGGAGCUGGAGGCCUGUUCUCAGGAGCUGCAGCGGCACCGCCAGGAGGCCGAGCGGCUGCGGGAGAAAGCUGGGCAGUUGGACACUGAGGCGGCCGGUCUCCGGGAACCUCCUGUGCCACCUGCCACUGCUGACCCAUUCCUCCUGGCAGAGAGUGAUGAGGCCAAGGCACAGCGGGCAGCAGCUGGGGUGGGGGGCAGCCUGCGGGCCCAGGUGGAGCGGCUCCGGGCAGAGCUACAGCGGGAGCGACGGAGGGGCGAGGAGCAGCGGGACAGCUUUGAAGGGGAGCGGCUGGCCUGGCAGGCGGAGAAGGAGCAGGUGAUCCGCUACCAGAAGCAGCUGCAGCACAACUACAUCCAGAUGUACCGUCGCAACCGGCAGCUGGAGCAGGAGCUUCAACAGCUCAGCCUGGAGCUGGAGGCCCGGGAACUCGCUGACCUGGGUCUGGCGGAGCCGUCUCCCUGCAUCUGCCUGGAGGAGAUCACUGCCACCGAAAUCUAGGGCCUUGGCAUCCAGCUCUGUGUUCUACUGAAUGGGGGCAGUGGCCUCAGGUCCACUGAGGGCUCCAGAGCUGCUCGUCCCUUGGGAUCCAGGCCUCUGGGCCUCUGCCAAGGACUCAGGGCUGCCCUAUGACUUAGAUGAGCAAGAUCAGACUCCCUGAAGGUCCCCAUGUUCACUGUCACGGAGAGGCUCCUACUCACUCGACCUAUUUCACUCCCAGCUGCUGCUGUUGCCACUCUGCCAACCCCAUUCACCCCAGGCGCUGGCCAGCCUACCCAGCCAGGGGGCUGGGGAAAAAAAGGGGCUCCCUCAUCUCCACACUCCUCCCUACCCCAAAGCCAGAGAGAGCCAGACAGCGCCAGCUGUUCCAGAUGUGCCUGUCCCCACCCUGUCCAUGUUGGGGAAGGGGCUGGG